AUUCAGAGUGCAGUGGGCAUGUCAUGGACCAAUGUCCACCGAGCUUGCUUUUUCUUGAUUGUCUGCUUUCAGCGUUCACGGAAAGUCGACUGUCCACAGUUUGAAGACGAUGCAGCAACGAGUGGCUGACCUCCCGAGCGGGCCUCUGGACGUCUACAGGCAAAAAGCUUCUUUCCCAUGGAAGGACAUGCUUGUGCUUCUGGAAGGAGAAGACGAGAUGGCAUUGAAGCAACGAGUCUUCACGGCGUUGGAGAACGAUCCACUUUUCUCCAGGACGCCGGGUGAAGACCUGCCCAUGGCGAAAAUGCGGGAACUCACCUUCCUCAGGGUGAAGAAGCUGUUCUGCUAUGACUUCCUGACCAAUGACGAGGCCAUGGCCAACCCGUGGUUGACGGUGGUCCUCAACAACUGCUUGGGAAUGUAUGAUUGGUCCUUGUCGGCCAAGUACUUCCUCAGCAAAGGCAUGUUUGCAAGGACGGUCGCCAGCAGCGGCUCAGUGCGACACCGCAAGUUUGUGGACGACGCUGACGACAUGACGGCGUUCGGAUGCUUUGCGCUGACCGAGCUGAGUCACGGCAGCAACACCAGAGCCAUGAGGACCACCGCCACCUACCAGCCAUCCACACAGGAGUUUGUCAUCAACUCUCCAGAUUUCGAGGCAGCCAAGUUUUGGGUGGGCAACCUUGGGAAGACGGCCACUCACGCACUGGUGUUGGCGCAGCUCUACACGGCGGACGGGGCCUGCCAUGGUCUGCACUCCUUCGUAGUUCCGGUGAGAGAUCCCAAGACGCUGCUGGCGCUUCCUGGCGUUCUCGUUGGCGAUAUGGGCAAGAAGCUGGGCCAGAACGGACUGGAUAAUGGGUUUGCUCUAUUCCACAACGUGAGGAUCCCGCGGGAGAAUCUCCUGAAUAAGACCGGCGAUGUGACUCCCGCCGGCACUUAUGUGACCCCUUACCGGGACCCCGACAAGCGUUUCGGGGCGUCCCUGGGCGCCCUGUCGGGAGGCCGGGUGUCCAUCGCCAGGAUGGCCCUGGUCAACCUCAAGCUAGCGCUGACAGUGGCGGUCCGCUUCUCCGCCACCAGGAGGCAGUUCGGGCCCAAGGACGAACAGGAGCUUCCCGUGCUCGAGUACCAGUUGCAGCAAUGGCGUCUGAUUCCGUAUCUGGCGGCAGCGUACGCUCUGGAGCGCUUCUCCAAAUCCCUCUUCGGUAACUUUGUGGAGUUUAGCCUGGGGCAAAUGAUGAAGGAUCACUCGGACACACAGGCUGAGCUGGGCCGAGAGCUCCACGCGCUGGCCUGCUCCGGCAAGCCCUUGGCCUCGUGGAUGGCUCAGCGCGGGAUCCAGGAGUGCCGCGAGGCUUGCGGAGGUCACGGUUACCUAGCCAUGAACCGCCUGGGCAACCUGCGCGAUGACAACGACCCCAACUGCACGUACGAGGGAGACAACAACGUGUUACUGCAGCAAACCAGCAACUACCUGAUGGCGUGGAUGGACGCCAAGCGAUGCGACGGCGUGCCGAUCCAGUCCCCUCUUCACACCGUGGACUUCCUGGACCAUUUCCACAAGAUCAGAGAUGGCCGCUUCACGGCACGCACGCUCGAAGACUGCAUGGACUCUGCAGUGGCGUUGGCGGCCUACAAGUGGCUGGUGUGCUACCUUCUGGAGGAGAGCCACGGGCGGCUGCAGCAGCUCCGGACUUUGGGCCAAGACGACUUUGAGGCCCGGAACAAUAGCCAGGUUUACUACUGCCGUGACCUGGCCUUGGCCUACAUUGAACACUGCUGUCUCCAGAGGUUCCACGACUGGACUCGAGACGAUGAUACGCCCAGCCAGUUGCGAGCGGUCCUCGGGAAGCUUUGUGCGCUUUAUGGACUGUGGAGCCUCAGCAGCCACAUGGCCACGCUGUACCAAGGUGCUUACCUGAGCGGAAGGGAGCCAGCCCACUUGAUCCAGACGGCCAUUCUUACCCUCUGCACGCAGCUGAAGGACGACGCGGUAGCGCUGGUGGAUGCGAUGGCUCCCCCGGACUUCAUUCUCAACUCCCCAAUCGGGAACGCUGAUGGACAGCUCUACAAGAACCUUUGGUCCACGGUGAUGCAGGGCAACCAAGCUCUGGAACGCCCGUCCUGGUGGAAAGAGUUCUGUGCCGACAAGCCCCCCGUGGGGUCUCUGCGGCCCAAGCUCUAGACAACAAACGCCAGGCGAGCGUACUCGCGGCACACACUCGCUUCAUUUUCUUUUUUGCCUUUGCUUCCAUACUACUCUACUCUCCACAAAAAAAAAUCUGUUUCCCAAAUGGACAAAGUCCUCUUUGCAAUGUGACCAAAAAAAGAGACUCAUGACACUGCUCUCUUCAUUCUUCAUCUGGGAAUUUCAUUU